UUUUGUUUUAAAUAUGUCUAAUGUACCGCCAAAGUUUUAUCGGUUGUGUCGUCUGUGUUUAUCUGAAGAUAAGAGUGAGUCGUUAUCAAUAUUUGAUAAGGAAGGGACCGUGAGGGACAUCCCCAGAAAGAUCUUAACGUGUCUGUCAAUUUUGAUAAAAGAAGACGACAGACUUCCGAAAAUAAUAUGCCUAAAAUGCAGUGAGCAGUUGGAGACGUUUUCGAAGUUCAAGGAAGUCGCCACCAAAGCGGAAGAAAUCCUCAACAAUUUUAUAUUAUACACCCAACAACUUACCGGAACGGAAGAGGAAAAAAUGCGCCACACGGAGGACCUGCUCGCCAACAUAACUUCCUCGGUACUGGACAUAAAACCGGAACCCAUCAGUAUUGCGAACGAUGUAAAGGAAGAACUCCAAGAGUCAGCCCACCUUCCGACCUGUAUGGUGGAAGAGAGAACUCCUUUUAGCAUAUCAUUUGCCGUGCCUCAUGAUACGAAACAAUCCGUCGGCAUGGAGAUCGAACCUUCUGCGUCCGAUCCGGACGCGGCGGUAGUUCCGGAACCAUCCGUUGAGCCCAUCGUUCAGGAAUGUUUGUCCAGUACAAUUGAAGACAGUUACGAGAGAAACGCACCUUGUACGCCUCCGAGGGAGGCUUUCAUUAAAGUCAAACCUCCUAGCGUAUUGCAGGCUCCCCGUAUAUUAAACAAAGAGUUCAAUUACCGAACUAGCGAGGAUUCGGAUAUACAGCCCGAGCCCGCCGAUUUGUCAAACAAAAGGGCGGAAAACUUAACGUGCGUGCCAGAAUUCGAUUACGUUAGAGACGAUACUGAUGCACACUCUAUAUCUAGCAACAGUUCCGACCCCGAUAGGCUGGAGGUCGACAUGUCACAGGCCACGGACGACCAUAAUUCCAACUCUACGACCCAUAGCGCCCCAUCGCCCGUCUACGAGAACUCGAGCGGCGACUUACCCAACGCGGCCGAGUGGCGACACACUCUCCAUUGCCAAAACAACGGACUAUCCAACUCGAACGAGGUGGCCGAUUUGUCUGGGGACGCUUCCCAACUCCUCAGGAAGCUCAUAACCUGUCGCAAACUGGGCAUGAGCGUCACGUCUACGUCGGAGGGCGGGGCGUCGCCUCACGUCCUCAACUACUCCCUGUUUCAGAGCAGGAUGCCGGUAUCUUCUCUGCACGGGGGUCUCGGCAUAUCGGAGAAAGAGAAAAGCUCGGGUAGGAGGAAGCAGAGCUAUCCAACGAAGGCUAAUAACGGACAGGAAGCGGGAGAAAAAAAUAAGGACGACGACUAUGGCGGGGGUGGGGGAAAUCCGGAUUUCACUGGCAAUAAUCCGUGGUGUAACGUCGGAGGCAAUAAUAAGGCGAAGAGCGUCGGUACGAUGUCACGUCGUAUGCCAGUGGCGUGCACGAAUUGUGGUACGCAAACCACCACGAUAUGGAGGAGGAAUCUCAGAGGCGAAAUGGUUUGCAACGCGUGCGGGUUGUAUUUCAAGCUGCACGGCAUCGACAGGCCGAUAACGAUGCGCAGAGACACAAUACACACGAGAAGAAGGCGACCUAGAGGAGAAGGAAAGAGGCACAGACACGAAACCGGCGCACUGGUUAUGCCUGCACGCAAGGUUGCCGAAAGGACCUACCUAGGUAAAACCAGGAUAGCCGGAUCCGAGGGACACGACGCGGUGUCUACUACAAACAGUCUCAGUGAAACGAUCGAUACGGAAAAUAUGUUGACCGCGCUCAGGAGACAACUGCAACCUCACCUAGUAAUGGCGCUGAGUCAGGGUCAGAAGAGUCAUACUGCCUAUUCACCAUAUCAACAGGGUAUUAACCAGCCGAGCUUCUUGCCCAAUUGUGCCGAGAUGGAUUCAGACUCGGACAGCAUAGCCGACUUGCCUCUGAACCUGGUGUCGACGCAGCUAGCCGAAACAGAGACCCAUUAGCAUAAAAUAGUGCUUAAUGUAACAUAAUAUUUAUAGAAAAUUCGGAAAUGUGAAAUGACAUUAAAUAUUUUCAAGGCGACUACCUUGAUGCGAAAUUAACAGUUCCAAGUAGUGCCAAAGUCAAAUCUGAAAAGAAUACGGCCGUAUUUUUCCUAUAAGAAAAUCUUACAGAUGAAACAUUCAAGCAGAGAUCCAGAAUUGGCUCGUUCGUUUAGGAGUUAUGGCAAGAGAUCAUAGCCCGGGAGCCAGCUGGCAUUUUCGAUGGCCAAUAAGAAGGAAGCUAAAAAAAAUUUCCAUAGUUCAUUGCGAAAUGUUAAAAAAGGAAAAUAGCUGAUUGCGUGUUAUAUGCCAGCCUCGCUAACUUUAUUACUUUCGUGAAACAAGCAUCCCUCUGAGUUUUUCAUUGUGGAAAACUGUUCAACUGGCAAUCGAAAAUUAUAUAUUUUAACAACAGAACAUUUUUCUGAUAACUUUUUUACAAAGGUUUUGGGUUGGUCUUGCAGUUCCUCCAUGAAUUUAAAUUAAUUAAAUUAAAUUUUUUGUUUUACGGUAACCAUAUAUAUUUAAAAUACACAAUACCAAGAAUUCAUAUGUAGA